UGUCUUCUCGAAUCUGCAAUUCCCUGUAAACAGAGCAAACUGAAAUCCCCAAAUCAAAACCCUAAACCCUAAUCUCUAAUUUGAGAAAUUAGGUUAGUUCACCUUUUUGUCGAUUCCUCUUGCGGAGAGAUGCAAUCGAUUCGUGGCAGUACACGGUUGCUUCAGAGGCAUCGUUUCUCCAUCUCCAACACUCUUCGUUUCACUUCUUCUUCUUCUUGUGGAAGCUGGUCUGAAAAUGAAUCCAGAAAACUAGGGUUUGAUUCUUGCCCUUCUAGCAGAGCUGCGACAUAUCUCAUUAGCUCGUUGAAAAAUGCAGGCUUUUCCUCUUCAGCUAUACCUAAACAAAACUUUACGUAUGCGUCGAGGUGUUUUUCCACCACUGGAGAUUCUUCUGUUCAAGGAUCUCCUGAGUCAGAUUGUGUUGUGCCUCAGAGAAUCAAGUUUAAGCGGCUUGAUAAAACCGCUAAGCAUAUAAUGCAGAUUGUAGACAAGGAAGCGGUUGAGGAAGUGAGAUCUCUUAGAGAGAUUCCUGAGAUAAAGCCCGGUUACAUUGUGCAGCUAAAAGUGGAAGUGCCUGAGAACAAGAGACGUGUAUCAAUCGUGAAAGGCGUCGUCAUAGCAAGGCGUAAUGCUGGUCUGAACUCAACAUUUAGAAUUAGAAGGCUUGUUGCUGGAGUGGGCGUUGAAUCCAUGUUCCCCUUGUAUUCCCCAAACCUGAGGGAGAUUAAGGUGGUGGACAAGAAGAAAGUAAGAAGAGCCAAGCUAUAUUACCUCAGGGACAAGGUGAAUGCUCUUAAGAAGCAUUAACAACCUCAGUAAAAAAAACAAUCUACUCGUGUCUUAAACAAUUUUCCAAUGUUUUAGUUGCACUCUCUCAAAAGGAGACGAUUUGCCUCAAAUUUCACGUAUUGAAUUUGUGCAAUGGUGAAUCUUCUUCAAUUCUCUUCUCUCCCUUGUUGGAAAAAGCACAUGGGCUAAAGACAUGUUAUAGUUUUAUAUAUGGAGACAAGUAAUCCACGACGUUUCUUGUAUAAUAAAACAGCGUGACGUUCUUUUUUUUAGCUCCAUAACACAACGCUGUCUUUGA